AUGCAACUGAAACUUCACCAACUCGUACAAUUCACCAAUAUCUUCUUGCCAUCGUCUUCAGCUCAGCAGUCCUCCCCUCAUCGCACCGCCGCUUCCACGAACGGAGCCAACGGCAACCAUUCUGGCACUCCUACACCAGAUGGCCACUCGGUCAGGCUGAUCGCCCCACCCAAUGGCAUUGCCACCACGACUCUCAAUGGCACAGCACAUCAACCGACAGACAUGCAGAUGUCACCUCCUGCGGAACCUCCCCAGUCCAAUCAGACUGGCUCACCAGCACGUCUCAAGGCUGAGUCUCAGCACGUUCCGGUAUCUGUCCCACUCAGUAGUUACCACAUCCCUAUGAAUGGCUAUGCCACCCUGCCUAAUGGCACCAUCAUGCAGGUGCCACGACCGCCGAAUGGCUUCAUGCAGCAAUGUCUUCUGACCGAGUCGUAUUUACCCGUGUCUUUUGACCGAGUUGCAUUUACCCGAGUGUCUCUUGACCGAGUGUCUUUUGACCCAGUCAUAUUUGACCGAGUCAUAUUUACCCAAGUGUCUUUUGACCGAGUCAUAUUUGACCGAGUCGUAUUUACCCAAGUGUCUCUUGACCGAGUGUCUCUUGACCGAGUGUCUCUUGACCGAGUGUCUUUUGACCAAGUCCUAUUUGACCGAGUCGUAUUUACCCAAGUGUCUCUUGACCGAGUGUCUCUUGACCGAGUGUCUUUUGACCAAGUCCUAUUUGACCAAGUCGUAUUUACCCAAGUGUCUUUUGACCGAGUCAUAUUUAACUGA